UCAUUUUUUUUUCCCCGAUGAGACCAACCUUGACCGGAAGUUGUCAAUCACCUAGCGAUCCCCAAUUCCCCAAAUGGACAUGGCGAACAUGUGCACAGUGGAGAAGCACGGCCGCGUCCACCUCAUCACCCUCACCGGCGCCGGCGAGCACCGCCUGGGUCCGGCCCUCAUCUCCGCCCUCCGCUCCGCCGUGGCCACCGUACGCGCCUCUCCCGGUGGCGGCGCCCUUGUCCUGGCCGCCGAAGGCAAGUACUUCUCCAACGGCUUCGACCAAGCCUGGGCGCGCACGGUCCCACUCCACCUCCACGCCUCCAUGAGAGGAGCCUUCCGCGGCCUGUUGGCGGACCUCAUCGCGCUGCCCAUGCCCACCGUGGCGGCGGUCACGGGCCACGCAGCUGCCGCCGGCUGCGUGCUAGCCCUCGCCCACGACGCCGUCGUCAUGCGUGCCUCCCGCGGGUUCCUCUACAUGAGCGAGGUCGACGCCGGCCUCAAGAUGGCCGAUUUCUUCGGGGAGGUGCUCCGGCAGAAGGUGCCUGACGCGGCGGCCAGGCGGGACAUGAUCCUCAGAGGGGACAAGAUGACGGCGGCGGAAGGGGUGCGGCGGGGCGUGGUGGACGCGGCCGUGGACGGCGGCGUCGAGGACGUGGUGGCCGCGGCCGUCGCGGCGGCCGAGGGGCUCGCUGCGAGGGGGUGGGACGGGGAGGUCGUGGCCGAGAUCAGGAAGGCCAUGUGGCCCGCCGUGUGGGGCAAGGUCAAGGAUUACGGCGCCGCCGAGGCGGCGCGGCCGCGGCUGUAGGAUUGCUCUGCGUCUACGACGUGCUGAACUCCACUUAGGAACUGAAUAAUCGAGAGGAAUUGCUUGCCGCAAUCUGGCCAAAGAACUCCACUGUUGGCAUCCUUUGUUUUCGGUGAAGUGUGGCAAAUUGUAAAAACCCCAUUGUUUCUCUGAAAGAGCUUCUUGCUGCUAGAUCGAUGUACUUCCUGAUUGCUCUACGUUGUUGUAGUUCUCCUGUCAGCUUGCAUACCACUAUCGGCGUUUAGUUUCGCUCAACAUAGUUUCUUCUGAAGAACUGCACAUUUCCUUGUCAUUGAGCUCAUCAAACUGAAUCCCCUUUGGACAUGUA